GCAAUUAGUGAUUAACUGAUUGACUUUCUUUAGUCAGUAGAAUCAAGAAAAUCAUGGCAGGUGCUGCUGAAGAUUUGAAGGUGUUGGGGACAAAGCAGAGCAUGUUUACGCAAAGAGUUGUAUGGGCACUGAAGUUGAAGGGCGUUGAAUAUGAGUUCAUUGAAGAAGACCUUGUUCAUAAGAGUUCAUUGCUUCUGGCACUGAACCCAGUUCACAAAAAAGUUCCUGUACUCGUUCAUGACGGAAAGCCCAUCGCCGAAUCCAAAAUCAUCCUCGAAUACCUUGAUGAAACAUGGAAAGAAAGGCCUUUAUUGCCGGAGGAUCCUCGGGAGAGAGCAAAUGUUCGUUUCUGGGCUGCGUUUAUUGAUGACAAGUUGAUGGAAGCAUCGAAGAAAGCAUUUGUUUCGACCGGAGAUGAUAGAGCGAAGGCGAUGGAGUCGACGAUGGAGGGCUUAAAAUUACUGGAACAAGAGCUUCAAGGAAAAAAAUAUUUCAGUGGAGACGAAGGGAUUGGAUAUUUUGAUAUCGUAGCGGGAUGGAUUGCAUAUUGGUUGCAGUUUAUUGAAGAAAUUGGGGGUUUCAAAGUAAUGGAGUCAACCAAAUUUCCUUGUUUGGAUGCAUGGAUCAAAAACUUUCUGCAAGUUCCGAGCGUCAAGCAAAGCCUUCCCUCACCCGAUGAAUUGCGCAAUGUCUUCGGCGCAAUUCGAAUGGCUAUGCAAAAUGAAAUAAUAUAAUUUUAAGUGUUCUGUUUUUUUUUUAAUGUUAUUUGCAUUUUUAUCUUUUGUAGCUGAUAAUUGGUGUUUGCGUGUUGGGCUACUGUAUUUGUCUGUUUAAUAAUGAAAAUGUUUUAAAGUUC